UCGUACAGUCGUCGCAUUUGUCUCGGGCAGUUCGGUGGCGUUUUCGUAGCGACGCCCUAAUUAUUUAAAUUUAAUUAAUAGAAGUUUUAUUUUUACUUUUCACCGUCAACGCAUUUAACGCGUGAGACUCUUAGAAUAGAAUUUGUUCGCGAAUUUUGUACGAAGGACAUCAUGAAGUCUAUGUGGUUUUUGAUUUUAUUCAUCUUAUACGUCACAAGGAAACGGACUUCAGGAAGUAUCUUUCCUUCAACAGAUGACUCAUCGGCAACUCCCAUGAUAACACACGAAGAAGUUCAUGAGGUCAAAUGGCCGAUUCACGAUGAAGUAGUUCUACCAGCAAAAUCAAAAGAUGAGAAAAAAAACGUUUGUUUUGAAGUGCACGAGAAUACUGUAGCAGAAAAUGAGAAGCAUGAAGAAACAUUGAAUCAUAAAGAAAAAUUAAUUCAGCUGUCAGAGGAAUCUAAAUCGCAAGAAAAACAUUGGCAUCAAAAUCAAACAGAAAUUUUAUUAAAAAAUAUGACCUCUGAACAUCAACGACCACUACCACAACCUCCACUUCCUUUAUUAUUAGCAACGGUUUAUGAUAAAAAUAUAUCCAAUACACCAGUUACGGUAAUUACUAAUACUAGUACAGAUAUCAAUAAUUUAUCAAUAUAAAUACAUUUGUAAUAAUGUGUCAUUUUUUAUUUAUUAAUAAAUAAUUUAACUUUGCUAUUUUA